AUGUUGUCUAUUGCCAGAUCUGCUUUAAGGCCAUCACUUGCCAGGACUUUUGUCGCUGGAAAGGCAUUCAAGCAUACUCUUCCACCUUUGCCGUAUGCAUAUGAUGCUCUCGAACCCUAUAUCGCCGAAGAAAUUAUGACCUUGCACCAUACUAAGCAUCAUCAGACCUAUGUCAACGGUCUGAACGCGGCUGAGGAGGCAUAUGCUGCUACUGACUCCACCGCAAAACGCAUCUCAUUGCAGAAUGCCUUGAAAUUCAACGGUGGAGGACACAUCAACCACUCCCUGUUCUGGAAGAAUCUUGCACCUACAAAUCAGGGUGGAGGCAAGCUCGUUGCGGGUGGCCAGCUUGAGAAGGCUCUUAUUAAGGACUUUGGCUCUGUGGAAGAGUUCAAGAAGGCCAUGAACGCGAAAACAGCGGCGAUUCAAGGCAGUGGAUGGGGUUGGCUCGGAUACGAUUCGGCAACCAAGAAACUCGAGAUCGUGACUACGGCUAACCAGGAUCCCCUCUUGUCUCAUGUCCCAAUUAUUGGUAUUGAUAUCUGGGAGCACGCUUUCUACCUUCAGUAUCUUAAUGCCAUCUGGAACGUCAUCAACUUCGAAGAAGCCGAGAGACGCUUUGCAGAGGCCGCCUCGAAUUAA